UCAAUGUUUUGCGUGUGACGUCACCAGUUACGGAAAUGGCAGAUCCAAGAUGGCUGCGGAUCUCCAGAAAUUCCUGUUCAAAUCCAAGUUUUUGAGGAAAUGGGAGGAAGCGCGGGUGUUAGUGGUAGUGGUAGUGUUGUUAAGUUACUCGUUGGUGUGUGCAGAGGGACAGGAGUGCAGUUUAGAGUGCGAGCACGGCCACUGUGUGGACACCAAGUGUAUAUGUGACCCAGGCUGGAAGGGUUCGCUCUGUCAGUGGUGUGAAGGAAGGGUCAGAUUAUGGUCCAAUUCAAGUGUGAUAACGGAUGGGUCAGGGAAUUACUCCACGGAUACACAAUGUACGUGGUUGAUUGAUGCUGGCCGGCCCAAUACCUCCAUCCGUCUCCAUUUUGACCAUUUUGCCACGGAAUGUUCGUGGGACCAUUUAUAUGUUUUUGAUGGCGACAGUAUUUAUGACCCCCUCCUAGCUGUUUUCAGUGGGAUGGUGGUCCAAGAUGAUUAUCGUGUUCCACACAUACCAGAAGUGGUAGCCAGGUCAGGCUAUGCAUUGCUCUACUUUUAUUCUGAUGCAGCAUAUAACCUUACAGGAUUCUCAAUAUCUUAUAGAGUUGAUGGGUGCCCCAGUACUAUGGUCGGGGACGAAUGCUCAGGCCGUGGUGCAUGUUUGGAGGGAUACUGCACCUGUGAUGCUGGCUGGGGAGGUCUUGCCUGCUCUGUCCCAGUAUGUCCUGAAGGUUGUUCAGGAAAUGGUCUAUGCAACCCUGAAGAGCACCGUUGUCAGUGUCAUCCUGGCUACACUGGUGCAGACUGCAGCCAGGUGAUUGAGGAGGGUUGGUGGGAGGUGGUGGGGCAUGACAUCACCAGCCAGCUGAACCAUCCUGACCCUGCUUCUGUAUUAUUAGAAAGAUCAUCACAUGCCACUGUUCUCAUUGAUGAUGCAAUAUGGGUUAUUGGUGGCUACUCUUUCACUGAGCGCCCAUUCCUUGUGAAAUACAAUAUCACAGAGCAAGGCACCUGGAUGACAGUGGAAACACGAGGUGCUGUAGUUAAAGGAGUUUAUGGUCACACAGCAUUGUGGGAUCCUACAACUGCUCUUGUUUAUGUCCACGGUGGUCUGCUCUCUAUCGUUUCUGCCAGUCAUGUUGUUCCAUACCUAAUGACAUAUGACCCUAUCAAACAAAAAUGGAAACUACGAAGUCCAGCACCAGUGCCUCGGUUCUUGCAUUCUGCCGUCCUAGUUGAAGGACUGAUGCUGGUGUUCGGAGGAAACACGCAUAAUGAUACAGCCUUUUCUUAUGGUGCCAAAUGUUAUAGUGCAGAUUUUUUGGCAUAUGACAUAGCCUGUAAUUCCUGGCACUCCUUAAGCAAACCUCCGAAUCUAUAUUUGGAUGUAGCGCGCUAUGGCCAUUCAGCAGUAUUGCAUCAGGGGGAAAUGUAUAUAGUUGGUGGUUUCAAUGGCAAAAUGCUUGGAUCCAUUCUCCGGUAUCACCCUGGAGUUUGUAAGCGGCUUACAUCAAGUGAUGAGUGCUUACAUGCCUACCCUGGCCGUAAGUGUUUUUGGAACAGGAUUCUGACACGAUGUGAACCUACCAAUAAUAACGACAAAAAUGCAUAUGAUGUAUGCCCAACAGUAACACAAAAGCUUAAUUUUACUGCCCUCUGCAAUGAGCAAACUUCUUGUCGAUCGUGUGUGUCUAACACGUAUGGGUGUGUGUGGUGUAGCAACAUUUGCACCCACAACAAGUGUGUGGAAUAUGCCAAGCCUGAGGGUGUGAUGAGUUUGAGUAAUGGCCUCAUAAAUAAAGAGGUUCCCAGGCCUACUAAGGUGGUGGGUGUGGCAAGUGGCGAAGGGUGUGAAGAUAAUUUACGGUCACGCUGCAAAUCUCUGAGUACCUGUCCACUGUGUCGUGCUCACCACCACUGUGACUGGGUGGAGCAAGUGUGUGUUGCUGCACCUAAUAGAACAUCAACAGCUGCUGGGGCAACAGCAGAUGCAGGUCCCAGCUUAGCACUAAAAGAAAUUUCCACUACCCCGUCUAUUGAUCAACAUGAUCAUCGAUCACCGAUGAAUGGGGGUACCCGGAAUGCGUUGCAUUCUCACAGACCAUGCGAGCCUACGUGUGCACAGAGGUCAUCAUGUUCCAACUGUACUGAGACAAAGGGGUCAUGUAUGUGGUGCUUCAAUCAACAGCGGUGUGUCAACAACAAUUCAUAUUUAGUUAGUUUCCCAUAUGGACAGUGCAGAGAAUGGACCACUGAAUCCAAGAGGUGCAUGGAUGUAGAGCCAGGUGUCAGUAGAUGUAGCAUUCACCAGACCUGCAAAGACUGCCAGGCAGAUGUGGCAUGUGGAUGGUGUGAUGAUGGAAGUGGCACUGGCAUUGGGGUGUGUGUGGAGGGAGGACAGCGUGGGCCCAUCAAUCCAGUUACAGGCAUCAUGCAGAGAAGCAAAUGUCCCAAACAAAACUGGUUCUUUACAGAAUGCCCCUUAUGCAACUGCAAUGGUCACAGUAAAUGUGAAAAUGGCAGCCAGUGCAUUUUACCAUGUUCCAAUAAUACAGCUGGAUCUCAUUGCCAGCAUUGUAUUGAGAAGUUUUUUGGACGACCCAUUAAUGGUGGCCUUUGUAAACCUUGCAUGUGCAAUGAACAUGGGGACACAUGCAACAGGGAAUCUGGUCGUUGCAACUGCCACACCAAAGGAGUGACCGGUGAUCACUGUGAACGCUGUGACACCCAAAACAACUAUGUUGGGGAACCACUGCAGGGAUCCUGCUUCUAUGAUCUUCAGAUUGACUACCAGUUCACUUUUAACCUCUCCAAGCAUGAAGAUCGUCAUAUCCGGCAAAUCAACUUCUUCAAUGUUCCCACCAAGAGUGACGUGGACACAGACUUUGAUAUAUACUGCUCCAAGGCAACAAAAAUCAAGAUAUCAGCUAAAACAACUCGGAGUCACGAAUCGUGGAUAAUCCGGAACUUCACUGGUACACGGAUUAGACAGAGGUUCAGUGCUUCGGAAUACACUUUUGGCUCAGCAGAUAACAACACUACCUUUCAUGUCUACGUCUACAACUUCACACCACCUAUAGAAAUUGUCGUCUCCUUCUCUCAACAUCCUAAACUGGAUCUAAUUCAAUUUUUUUCUAUAUUUUCUUUAUGCUUUUUGGUGUUGUUAACUUUGGCUGCAAUAUUAUGGAAAAUUAAACAGAAAUAUGACAUCUACACCAGGAGACAGCGUCUACUGGUUGAGAUGGAGGCUAUGGCAUCUCGUCCAUUCCGCCCCAUUCUUCUGGAGCUGUAUCCAAGAGGCCCGGCCGCUGAGGUUUUGGAAACUAGUGACACAUCUACUACAACUGCUUCCAUAACUAACACAACUGUAACCACAACAGUCACCAACAAUUGCUGUGUGACAGGAAGUAAUGGGGCCAUGCCAAAUGCCACUGUUAUUCCUUGUCUUUCUUCCAAUGCCAUCACAAAGGCCACAAACAAAGAUAAUACGAAAUCCUGUAAUAACAGUGCCAAUAAAAUCAUCCCAAAUGCAACAUUGCCAGAUAAUCUGUCUUCUGAUUUACUUGACAGUCUUGGCACACACAAAAUAAAGAAGAAGGUAAAUCCUAGUCCCAUUGCUCUGGAACCAUGUUGUGGAAAUCGUGCCGCCGUCCUCUCCCUCCUGGUGCAGCUGCCAACGGGUGGAGAACCUUACACCCCUAUAGGACACCCUGGUGGUUUAGCAAUUGCCAGCACUCUUGUGACCCUUGGUAAUCCACGCAAAUGUAGCAGUGAUCCUAUAACACUUGCCAAGGGAGAUGUCAACAAAAAUAAAACAACAAGAGGAAAGCAGCCAUAUUCCAGCCAUUCUCCUGACACUUGUAUAUAACAUCUGUCUCGCCACCCUCCUCCAAUAUAUACACAGUACUGAACUUCAGAUGUAUUGUUGCUAGGUAUUAGCCAUUUUCAGCCAAACUCCUUAAUUUAUAAUACACAAGCUGCAGAAAGAAAGGAAAGGCUUCAUACCAGAUACUUCACUUAUAUUGCUAGUGGUUGGACAAAUGUGUGAUAAGCUUUUUAUCGGAGAUUCAGGAGAUUGCUAAGUUUUAUUGGCAACUCUUGUAUUAUUGAUGGUAUUGUAAGUACAGCUGGCAUGUACUUGUUUUAUUAGAUUCAUUUGGUUUGGUAUUAAGCUUAACUUUGGUUUAUCAUAUUUGCAAGAUCGUAAAAUAAUUAAAUUCUAUGAAUUUAAAAGAAAAAAAAAUUUUCAGAUAUACUUUGUGGUGAUUUAUCAGUUUACUUGUAUCCUUGAUGGCUUUGUUUCAUCUUGGAAUUUUCCAGCCUUGAGGAAGAGGGUUGCAAAUACAUAUAUUUCAGAUAUUAAUGUUCAAUGUUACCCUGCUCACACUCCAACAGAUCGUCAGGUCCCAAGUAUCAUUCGUCUCCAUUCACUCCUAUCUAACAUGAGCGUGUUAGAUAGGAGUGAAUGAAGACGAAUGAUACUUGGGACCUGACGAUCUGUUGGAGUGUGAGCAGAGUAAUAUUUAGUGAAGGGAUUCAGGGAAACCGGUUAUUUUCAUAUAGUCGGACUUGAGUCCUGGAAAUGGGAAGUACAAUGCCUGCACUUUAAAGGAGGGGUUUGGGAUAUUGGCAGUUUGGAGGGAUAUGUUGUGUAUUUUUAUACGUAUAUGCUUCUAAACUGUUGUAUUCUGAGGACCUCUGCAAAAGCAGUGAUAAUGUGUGAGUGUGGUGAAAGUGUUGAAUGAUGAUGAAAGUAUUUUCGUUUUGGGGAUUUUCUUUCUUUUUUGGGUCACCCUGCCUCGGUGGGAGACGGCCGACUUGUUGAAAAAAAAAAAAAAUUAAUGUUCAAAGAGCCUGUAUCAUUUGCAGGCACAGUGCCAGAAUUUCUAUACUGGGGGGUGCUAGGAAAUUUUGGGGGGAGGGUGGUCAGUGUUAUUUCUGUUUUAUUGAGGGGGCUAUGGGGGGUUUGAGAAAAAAAUUUGGGAGCUGAACCCCCACCCCCGAAGCCCCUACCACCUUGUUGCUGCCACUGAUGAUCGUUUAUUAAAGAAUUGUAGAUGCAGGUAUGUCUGUUAUAAAAGUAAUCACCCCUUACACUUAGAAACAAGAAUGUGAGAAUUUUUUUUUAAAGUAAUUGCAAUUAUUCACUUAUAAGCAGGAAAUGUGGAAUUGUAGUCACAAGUAAGGAAAUGGUGUCUUUGAAAAGUGUUUAUUGAAAGGAUAAUGUAAGAGAAUGAGUGAGAAAGAGAAGGAGAGAAAAAAUGAGAAUGGAAGAAUGAGAAUUAGAGAAAGAAUGAGAGAAUGAAAAUUAGAUGAAGAAUGAGAGAUUAUGAGAGAGAGAGAGAGAAUGAGAAUAUUAGAUGAAGAAUGAGAUUAUGAGAGAGAGAGAGAAUGAGAAUAUGAAGGAGACUACCAAGAACUGAACUUUAGCUGACCAGAACUGUUACUAAGAAAUGCAUAUACAAUUUUUUCUCUAUCCAAGAAUCCAGGAUAAUGCUUCUGUGGAACACUAUCAAUCUAGUAGGCUGUUUUGAUUCACAUAUAUUCAAUGUUCAUUUUGUAUUAAUGUUAGUAGAAUUGCCAACAAUCUGUUAGGUAAAAGGACACAAGUGCAACUAAUGUGACAUUUUAUUGUGGCAACAUUUCACUCUCAAGGAGAUUUAUCAAGCCAUUACCUUGAUAAAGCUUGAUAAAGCUCCUGGAGAGUGAAACGUUGCUGCAAUAAAAUGUCACAUUAGUUGCACUUGUGUCCUCUUACCUAACAUAAUGUUCAUUUUAUUGGGAUUACUCUUUAUUCUCUGUUUUAAGACUUAAUUUGCAAUCUUCAUUUAUUUGGCCCUUUUACAUAUAUAUUUAGGGAGGUGGUUGAAAAUGGCAAAGCUAGCUACACACAUUUCUGUAUUUGGUUACCCUGAAUUCUGCUGGUUGUGCAUUGUUAUUGCAUGUAUGUCCCUCGCAUAAGGUAUGUACUGUUAAUUCAGUGUAUAAGUAUAAAGAAUAUACAUUGUUAUUAUGUGUGUGCAUCAGUGUCAAAGAUGUACAUAUUGGCAUUGUGUGUAUCUGUAUAAAUGAUGGACAUUGUUGUUUUGUAUGUGUGUGUCAUUAUAAUGGAUGUACACAGUUGCUUCAUGUAUGUUUGUGUGUGCAUGUUUAUGGUAGUUAAGAGGAUAUGUUUCACAUGUGUUGGUGAAAACUGGUGGAGUGCUGCAUGAUGUACAUACCAGCAUACAGGGUCAUCUUACUGUUGGAGUGGUGGCAGGAGCUUCCCAUACCAGUAGGUGCUAAGGAUUUUAAUUUUCUUGUUGUCUUUAAAUUUAUUUGGUAUGUGAUCUUUAUGAGAUCGUGGACGUGUGUUUAUUUAAACUGAUAUAAAUACUUUUCUUGUGUGGCUAUUUGUGGUGGAAAAAUAAUUGCUACAAAGUAUGAGUGGUUGAAUAUAAUGUAUUCAUGUAUUAGUAUUCUACAGUUGACACAGAAGCUGUGAGUAUCAUAAUUAUAUACAAGAUUUAAGGUCCCAGAUAAAAAGAUGUGGUGUUAUUAGAUCAAGUUUUACAGUGCAUUAUUGAGGUGGUUGUGUGGAAAUUGAUGGAUCAUGUUGCUAAAGUACUGUCUGGUAUGCCUUUAAAUAUUUUCUGUAGUGCUUCUGAUGAUGGUGAACCAGAUGAAGUGAGCUCCUUUAUACCAGUGUUAUGAGUAUACAGUAUAUGGUAGUCUAAUAUUUACACUUGGUAAAUGGGAUUCAUGUUAUAUGAAAAUGAAUGGUAUAGGAAAAUAGAUUAAAAGAAGUUACUAAGUAUAAUUAUAUUUUAUUGUAACUUUAAAGUAAUAUUUAAUACUUCCAUUGUUAGUUUGCCCAGUGUGUAUGUAUGUAUGUAUGUAUACGACAGUUCAGAUGUCACUAAACAGCGAAUGCCCCAAACCCCACCUUUAAAGUGCAGGCAUUGUACUUCCCACCUCCAAGACUCAGAUCUGGCCAACUGGUUUCCCUGACUCCCUUCACAAAAUAUUACCCUGCUCACACUUCAACAGCUCGUCAAGUCCCAGAAACCAUUUGUCUCCACUCACUCCUAUCUAAUAUGCUCACACAUGCCUGCUAUAUGUACAUGUCCCUUGCACACUCAACCUCUUUUACCCCCUCCCUCCAUCCUUUCCUAGGAUGACCCCUACCCCUCCACAACAGAUUCAUACACCCUCUGAGUCAUCUGAUUUUGCUCCAUCCUCUAUAAAUGACCAAACCACCUCAACAACAACCCCUCCUCAGUCCUCUGAAUAAUACUUUAGUAACUACACACUUCCUCUUAAUUUCCACACUACAGGUUCUCUGCAUAAUAUUUACACCACACAUUGCCCUUAGCCUCCUCUUUGCUGAAGCAUUUACAAUCCAUGCUUCACACCCAUAUAAGUGUUGGUACUAUUAUACUCUCAUACAUUCCCUUUUUUGCCUCCAUGGGUAAUGUUGUCUCCACAGAUGCCUCUGUUAACCACCCACUCUUUUUCCUUUAUCAGUUCUGUGAUUUACCUCAUCCUUCAUAACCCCAUCUGCUGACAAGUCUACUCCCAAAUAUCUGAACACAUUCACUUCCAUACUCCCUCCAAUGUGAUAUCCAAGCUUUGUUUGCCUAAAUCAUUUGAUACCCUCGUCAUCUUAUUCUUAUCUACGUUUACUUUCAACUUUCUACCUUUACACACCCUCCCAAACUUGUCCACUAACUUUUGCAGCUUCUCUUUAGAAUCUCCCAAAAGCACAGUAUCAUUGGCAAAAAGUAACUGUGUCAACUCCCAUUUUGUAUUUGAUUCCCAAUAAUUUAAUCCCACCCCUCCCCCCAACACCCUAGCAUUUACUUUUUUUGCAACCCCCAUCUAUAAAUAUGUCAGACAUCCAUGGUGACAUUACACAUCCCUGUCUAAGUCCUACUUUUACUGGAAAGUAUAUAUUUUUCUUUUUUAACACACUGGCCAUAUGCCACCAAGGCAGGGUGACUUGACAAGCUGUUGGAGUGUGGGCAGGGUAAUAUUUUGUGAAGGGAUUCAGGAAAACCAGUUAGCCAGACUUGAGUCCUGGAGGUAGGAAGUACAAUGCCUACACUUUAAAGGAGGGUUUUGGGGUAUUUGCUCUUUGGAGUGACAUCUGAACUGUAGUAUCUGCGCACUUUUGCAAAGACAAUGAUUAUGCGUGAAUGAUGGUGAAAGUUUUUUUUUGGGGGGGGGGGAGGGGUCACCCUGCCUCGGUGGGAGAAGGCCAGUGUGUUGAAAGAAAGAUAUGUAUAAUGUGUGUUUAUGUUCUUUUUACCUGAGCUCAUUAUUGAAGGAGACAGCAUAGAUCAAACUCUUUUAAUAUUUUGUUUUUGCGGUAGGAAUCAAUUCCAUUAUGGUCUGUAAAGGUCGUGGAAUUGUAUUUAGUGAUGCUUUUGAAACACUUCACAGAUCAAACACCAACUGCUCAUUCGGAAAAAUAUAUUUUAGUGAUACAGGAAAGAAAGAUUUUGAAAAUGAAAUUAGAUAUCUAUUGUCUCUACAUAGUUUGUAUGCAGUCCUACAUUUUAAGCAGGGUUGUAUAUUUUGUAUUGUAGUUACAGAAUUUUUAAUUGGAACCUUGAGUUUUAGGCAUGGGAUUGUGUGAUUAAUUUUGAUGGAAUGCAAUAUUAGCAUAAAACAAAGAUUUGAUACCUACUGUAUGCACUUAAAAAAUAGUGUUCUAUUGGGAUCUACCAUUAUAUAUGCUGUUCAUAAAUUUUUUAUUUUUAUUUAAACAAAAUGAUACCACAUUACUUAGUUUGCAGAAUGGUAUUUGAAUAAAAGUCCAAUGUAAAGCAGUGCAGGAGAGAUGCAGCUGUGUGUUUUGUUGGAAAAUAUGAUAUACAAUUAUAAUGUAAUUUUAUGUAUGGCUUAGCAUCUGUGAUGGUCACUGUGUACUAGAAAUUGAGACAGUGGUUGUGUGGUUAGAGGUAUUAAGAGUGGUUAACACUUGUAAAUAAUGUCUUCUUUUGUUGAGAGUACCUUUUUCUGUUUUUUUGGAUAUGCUUAGUCUUAAUGCAUUAUCCAGUCUUAUGUAUGAAUAAUAGUCUUGAAUGCCUAUGCAUUUUGCUGCAGGGCAUUGUUUUUAUCAUGGCAAAAUUUUAUAUUCUAUUUUCUUAGAUCUUAAAAGCUGCCUUGAUAGAUGUGGAUUUCAUUUCAUAUGGCUCAAAUAUUUUGUUGUUAUGGUUUAGGAGCUAAUGGAUGUAAAUAUUAAACAAUAAUUUUAAGACUUCAGAUAACGAUGUAAUAUAUAUAAAUAUAUUAUUUAUUUAGUCUAUAUUGUAAGACUCUGCAAACCAAGUUGUGUGCAGACUGUCUCAUUGAAUCUCAGCCAUGUGAUAAUUCUCCAUUGUAAGAGCUGUGUUCAGAGACACUAAUGAGCAGCUACUUGAGGAUGGUAUAUUACUGGCAUGUAGAAUGUUUCUCUGGUUUUUCCCUGUGCUUUGCUUGGAAUGGAUACAUAUGUAAAGCAUGGGAGUUGUAGCUGAACAAAGUGUGAUUGGUGAUAUUGUUUAAUUUGAGUGGAUUAUUGGGCUUCAGUAUACAUCAGACUAAUUUUAAUGUGUAAUCUUGGUUGUGGGUCCUUUUGGUCUUCAUUCAAGUGUAUCAUCUCUACAAAAUAUGCUGUGAUCUUUAUAAUAAAGAUCCUCAUCAACCAUCAGUUCUUAAUAACUUUAAUGUGUGCUUAAAGUAAGUACUUUGAUUUUUACCUUGGCUGAGAAAGUCAGUUUGGAAAUUCAGUCUGGCUCAGCUGAUGCAUUGUAUUAAAAGAUGAAUUAAAUCAUCAUUGAUUGUAUAUGAUAUGCCAUUCAUACCAGCAACUAGUGUUGUCAUUUGUAUAUAUUGAAGAUUAUCAGAAUUAAAUGUUAAUGUCUUUUGGUGAGUAGAAUGAAUGAAUUGUGUGAAUGUGUCUUCUGUAGUCUUUACCAGGAGUGUACUACUUAAAAGUGAUUUUUUUUUAGAUGGGUAGUUAAAAUUUAUGGACAUGGUUAGGUACUAUAUUAGUAAAAUAAUCAAAAAAGGAAACUACAUUAUUUAAUAAAUGUUUUAAUCACUGAAAAGGGGAUAAGUGAAUCAUUGUUUAUGGAAACAUAUUGUGCUUCUAAUGUGUUGCAUAUAUGUCCAUACAUAUUGAAUAAUUUUUAUUUCUGUUGUUCCGUGUGCAUAUAAAAAAAAAAAAAAGAUAAUGCAAGAAAUAUUACUUGCCAAGUUGAAACAUCAAAUAAUCAGCAUUUCAAUAUGAAUCACUUUUUUCACUGCAGUCAAAACUCUUUGUACUGAAAUACUUGGAGUUUGAGAACCUUCCUAUGACUCCUUAAGCAUAAUGCCUUUACCCUACCUCAUAAAUUAAGUAUCAACACAUCUCUCAGACCCUUACACGUUUAGCACAUUUAUUGAUGAUGAUAAUAGUAAUAAUAAUAAUACACGUCUCUAAAGUUACAUUUUUGAUGAACAUUUGACAUAAUUUUUGCUUUACUCCAUUAGAACCACAUGUUCAUUAAAAAGUGGUUCUCUUGACAUACUUGCUACAUAAAUGUCAUCUAGUUCAGAUAUUUUCCUCACUUUGCCUUCAUAAAGCUUAUUCAGGCACACCUCAUUUGCUGUUUGUGGUUAUUUCCAAGAUCUUGUUGCUAUGGGGUUAGUAAUAAAAAAAAUUAAAAUGAGUAGAAAAAAAAAAUUGUUCCCAAAGUAAAGUAUUUGAACCUAAAUAUAUAAGCCCUAUACAUGAGUCACUUAAAUUGUGACAGUACUGUACAACCUUUUGGGUUUGGUGCUUCCCUCUAGAUAUUAAUAAUAGUAAUAAUAAUUAUAAUAAUAAUGAUGCAAGGCCAGAGUAUGAACAUGUGUGAAGCAUCCACUCUUUGCAUUACUACAUUCUGUACAAGUAACUCAUUGAAAAUCCAAUGACAACUCAUUUAGAAGUUGGGAUCUUCUAUAUAUAUACAUAUGAAAGUGCACAGCAAAUCUGUGAGUCUAGUAAUUGUACAGAAACCAACUUUAAAUGAGGGAAGCACAGCUGUUCCUUUCAGCCUAUUUUGUUACUUGCAUCUUUGCUUUUUUUUAUAUCCUUGUCUGCUUCUUGCAGUCUCGUCUGUGGUUGAAUAACCUUUUUUUUUCUCCUCAUAGAUGUGGUGAUUGUGGUAAUUUACCAGAAUGUCCAGAGUUGCAAAUUAGAGAAUUUCAUGACAAAAAGUUUUGAUUCUAUAUUGUGCUUAUUGUAAGUCCAGAAAUUUUGAACAGCAGCAGAUAAUUAUAUUGUCAGAAUUAAUUGGUUAUGAAGUGAAAAGAAUGAUACAGUAUUUUUAUUUUGGGAUAUUUUUUUUAAAGCCAAUACAGUAGUUCAUUGUUAAUCAUUUAUUGAUUGCUGUAUGCCUUAAUUCAAACAGCAAAAUAUAUAUGUAUUAUAAUAGUCUAAUAGUACUGUAUGCAUUGACAUGUAUGUUUUUUGAAAAAGUAAAAAGUUGAGAGGAAAUUAUUGAUUUGGUUUCUCAUCUCUGAUAUACUUUGUGAUGAGAAAAAUAUUGUUCAGUGAGAAAGAUUGAUGGAGAUCUUGUAGGAUUUUGCAUCUGCUUGCCUUCUCAAAACUCAGUUUCUCCUUUUGUUUUAUUCUUAUUAUUUCUGGAAGGUCCCAGAGGGUAAAAUAGUUGUUUAUUAAUAAAUUAAAAGUGUUAACUAGUAGAAACAACUUUUGUAAGGUAAUAACAUUAAGUGAAGAAUAAUUUAUGUCAUUUAAGCAUAUUGAAGUUUGAGUAAUUGUAUAAAUUAUAUUUAAAACAAAAUUGUCUGAAUGAUGUUGUAACUAUUAGUUGAUUUUUCAGCAUUAUCAGUAUACCUAUAAUAUGGGAGAAGUGUAGUUAUUUCACUAGUAUUAUUUAUUAUAACAUUUUAAUAUUAAUUAAGUUGGGCAAUAUGUCAAAGUAAGCAUUCUGUUUUUUGCAUAUCAAAGUAUAAAUUUAUUUUUGGUAAAAUCAUUACAUAAAUUUAUGUAAGUUAAUUAUUUAAUAUUUAUAAU